AUGCUCAACCUUGGGAAAAAGGCCCUGAUUGGGAUCCUCCUUGUAGAGUCCUUUGGCUCAGCUAUUGCUCUGCCUCCUCGACCUCUGACGGCCAGGUCACAUGAAGUCUUCGCUCAGGGCCAUCACGUCAAGCAGAGGGACAAUUUGUCUCCUUAUGCUGGACUCUUCGUUCGGGAUGAUGAUGAUGAUGAUCGUGAGUCGCAACAACACUACCAGGACUUGGUCAUGAUCUCACUGCUGACUGGUACCAAAGCACCAAAGCCACCGAAUGGUCCGCCCCGGCCUGAUAAUAAUCCGGCACCACCGCGUCCUCCUCAAAGAGAUGAGGACGAUGACGAGGAUGAUCUACCCCGUCCUCAACAGACUCCCCCACCACCACCUAAUCCUCCCAACCCGCCUCCCAAUCCACCCAAUCCGCCUCCCAGUCCACCUAAUCCACCGCCGAACCCGCCAAACCCUCCACCCAAUCCGCCCAAUCCGCCACCAAACCCCAAUCCACCACCACCACCAGCCGUUAUGAACAUGGAUGAUGACGACGAUGAUGCCCCCGGUCAGACGGAUAUGGAUGACUAG